GCGACUCUCCCUCCCUCCCUCUUUCUCCCCCUUUAAAAAGGCCCGCGGGGCGCUCUGGCCAAGCCUGCUGCAGGCAGUUGCUGCCGGCGCAGUGAAGGAGCCGGGCAGCGGCUGGCGGAGGAGGAAGAGGCGCGCUGCAGCAGGACAGGCGGGCGGGCAGGCACCGACUCCGGCCGGCAGCAGCGGCGGCAGCAGCCGAGAAAGAAUGAUAUCAUGUAUCUCUCUGUCCUUCCCAUGAUCAUGAGCAACUUGCCAAAUAAUCAUGAGUUUUCGCUGUCAAUCUACGCCCUCCUGACAGGGCACAGCAGCCAGUGACAAAAGGUUCCCCCGGUGCAGUCCUUUUGUGCACAGACGCUACCCAGUCUGCACCCCCAGCUGAAGACGUUGUCGUCACUAUGAGAGCACUCCUCUUCACCUUAUUGAUCAAAGCUUCUCUCUCCUCUUUGGUCCCAGAGAGGGAGAAGGACCCCCAGUUUUGGAGACAGCAGGCCCAGGACACGCUGAAGAGGGCUCUGAGCUUGCAGGAGCUCAACACCAACGUGGCCAAGAAUGUCAUCCUUUUCCUUGGAGAUGGCAUGGGGGUCUCCACAGUGACUGCGGCACGCAUCCUCAAGGGACAGCUGAGGAACAACAAUGGGGAAGAAACUGUCCUGGAAAUGGACCGGUUUCCAUUCGUGGCUUUGUCCAAGACGUACAAUACCAACGCCCAGGUCCCAGAUAGCGCUGGCACAGCCACAGCUUACCUUUGCGGGGUGAAGGCCAAUGAGGGGACCGUGGGGGUCAGUGCGGCUGUGACGAGGUCCCAGUGCAACACCACGACAGGCAACCAGGUGACGUCCAUCCUCAGGUGGGCAAAGGAAGCAGGCAAAUCCGUGGGCGUCGUCACUACCACACGAGUGAACCACGCCACGCCGAGCGCAGCCUACGCGCAUUCUGCUGACCGGGACUGGUACUCGGAUAACGAGAUGCCCCCUGAAGCCAUCCAGCAGGGCUGCAAAGACAUUGCCCAUCAGCUGUUCGAAAACAUCCCAGACAUAGAGGUGAUUAUGGGGGGAGGCCGGAAGUACAUGUUCCCCAAGAACACCAGCGAUGUGGAGUAUCCAAACGAGGAGAAGUACCGGGGGACCCGGCUGGACGGCAGGAAUCUCAUUGACGUCUGGAGGAAGAAGAAGCCGGAAGAUAAGAACGCCUUUUAUGUGUGGAACCAGACAGAACUGAUGAAACUUGAUCUCAACAAAGUGGACUUUUUACUGGGCCUCUUUGAGCCAGUCGACAUGGUGUACGAACUGAACAGAAACAACGAAACAGAUCCUUCCCUGACAAAAAUGGUGGAGGUGGCCCUCAAAAUCCUCCAGAGGAACCCUCUUGGGUUCUUCCUUCUAGUAGAAGGAGGCAGAAUUGACCAUGGACACCACGAAGGAAAAGCAAAGCAGGCGCUGCAUGAGGCAGUGGAGAUGGAUCGGGCCAUUGGCCUGGCUGAUACCAUGACCUCUUCAAUGGAUACCCUGACAGUGGUCACUGCUGACCACUCCCAUGUAUUCACUUUUGGAGGCUAUACGCCCCGUGGCAAUUCAAUUUUUGGAUUGGCCCCAAUGCAGAGUGACAUGGAUAAGAAACCUUUCACCUCCAUCCUCUAUGGAAAUGGACCUGGGUACAGAGUGGUAGAAGGAGAAAGAGAAAAUGUGUCCACUGUGAAUUUCACUGAUGCAAACUACCAGGCGCAAUCCGCUGUUCCCUUGCGCAUGGAAACACAUGGAGGUGAAGAUGUGGCCAUCUUUGCCAAGGGCCCCAUGGCUCACCUGCUUCACGGCGUCCACGAGCAAAACUACAUCCCGCACGUCAUGGCCUACGCCUCCUGCAUUGGUGAAAACAAAGAUCAUUGCCACUCCGGUGCCCCUCGGAGCCUGUCGGGACCCCUCCUAACCGUGACCUCAACACUUUUCUCUGCCCUCCUGCUCAGGCUGUUAUUCUAAAGGCUUGUCUUCAAACAGAUCAGUUCCUCUUUCUGUUGAGAGCCAGACUGUGUGACAACACUGAGUGUUCCACCCACUCCGAGACUCCCCACAUCAAGCCUGCCUCAGCGGGAUUUCAAGGUUCAGUGAUGGAGUGACCCCUGCCCGGCCCGCAGGUACCUUUUGGCUCAGUUAAAGGGGCAGCCCACCAACCAACUGAUGAGAGUUUCUGUUCCAGGCCCAAAGGUCUCCAGGGGGAACAGUGGGUCAUCAGGGUGGUACAUCUCUAGUCGCUUUGGUUAUUCCAGGACCAAUGCCAAUCUGAGCAGCUGGACAUCCUGAGAUGUUUUCUCCUGCAACUUCCUUGAUGAAGAUAAGGAAAUUAUUGGCUCCCACUGGCUGGGAGGGGGAAGCCUGGCUUGAUAUUUUUCUUUGCUGAAGUUUCCCUCUUGCCGCACAAGAACUUUUCUGCUCGUUUUCUUAAACUCUUCGUAGGCACUUUUGAAAGUCAGGCCAUCCAAAAGAUAAAUGUGUUGGUGCCUAAUGACUGUCCUCUCAUGUCGUCUGCCUGCCAGCCCACUUUCCCUUACUGUUCCCCUUUUGCUGAUCUAUAUUGUGAAUAAUGGGACCUCUCAUCCAAACAGCCAGCUUAAAACGGGCGGCAUAAUUUAGGUCCAAAGAAAUGGAGGGUUUUUUUCCUCCCCAAACAUGCCUCCAAGCUUUGUUAUCUCAGGUUGGUGUUUUCAAAGGAUGCUCCUGGGAGGCUAUCAUGCAGCCCUUCCAUCAGGCUGUAUAGCAGAAGGACAGAGAGAGAGAGAGAGAGAGAGACGCGACUGUAAAAAGGUUGUCCUUCGGCUCAGCUGAGAGACAAGCAAUUUUUGUCUCCUCCUCUUCUUGAACUCUUUACAUUCCAGCUGGUCGAUAUAAGGACUCUGUAACUAAGAACUAGUGCCUGAGCAUGUGUUUUUCCUCCUCCUUCCCAACCCCUUUUCCUCUUUUGCUGUGUCUUUUAGAUUGUAGGCCUUAGGGUAGCAACAGUCUUAUUAGUGAUGUCUGUAGGUUGCUCUAGGAACUUUUUUGUGUGUGGCUGAAUGGGGGUUGUGUAAAAUAGUUUAAAUAAACAAAUAAAUGCACAACCCAGCAAAGCCUACAGGUGCACACAGACAUACAUAAGCAGAAGAGCUGCUGCUCUCUAGAAGUGUGUACUCACUGCAUUUUUUUGUCAUGUGUACUUAACCCCCAGCAAAGUCGUCCUUGGGCAGAGGGCAUGGGACCAGUUUUGUGCAGCCAUUGAUAUCACAAGAAUAGAUCUGAAACAUGUAAAAUUGUAAGCUUAAAUGGGAAUAAUUGAACAUUUGAUUGUACGUUUAAAGAUAUGAACUUUGAUUUUUUUUUAAAGGCAGACAACUUUCUGGUAGGAUUAGGCACAGAGUCACUCUUCACAUUCUUCUGUUCAAUGGUGUGUCUGUAUGCACCCUAGUCCUACUGACAGUAGUCCUACUGAAGUUAAUUGGCAUGACUAACUUAAGCCCAGAGAGCCAGUGUGGUGUAGUGGUUAAGGUGUUGGACUGGGAGACCAGGGUUCGAAUCCCCACACAGCCAUGAAGCUCACUGGGUGACCUUGGGCCAGUCGCUGCCUCUCAGCCUCAGAGGAAGGCAAUGGUGAAUCCCCUCUGAAUACCGCUUACCAUGAAAACCCUAUUCGUAGGGUCACCCAUAAGUCGGAAUCGACUUGAAGGCAGUCCAUUUCAUUUUUUCCAACUUAAGCCCAUUAAUUUCAAUGGGUCUGCUCUGAGUAGGGCUGAGUUGAAUACAACCCUAUGUUAGCCAUGCAUGCAAUCUGUCCUGAUCUUUUUCAGGUCUGAGGAACAUCUGUGGCCCUCCAGAUGUUGUUAGACACUAACUCCCAUCAGCCAGCACAGCCAACGGUCAGGGAUGAUGGAGUCCUGCCACAGCUGGAGGGAGCCACAGAUGUUCCUCAUCCAUGGUCUACUUGAAAGGGUUUGCUCCAUGAUGACAAAACUAGAAAGUUGCUUGUCCACAUAUCUUAUUUGUCCUUGGGGAAAUUAAAUAGUUGCUUGAACUGCAAAGCCGGGACGCCUGGAGGCUGUCUAAGCCAGCAACUUGCACAAACCCCAAGGUCUUCAAAGUCCCUUUCAAAUGAUCUCCCAUCUUCCUAUGAAGUGCCACACGCAGAUGCCAGGCACAAAUAAAGACCUACCAUACCGCCCUGCAGCUAACUGAGGAGCAAACUACCAGUCCAUGGGGGCUAAGAAGAUAAAAAGAGUGCUGAAGUGGCCAAGCAGAUGCCUCUUCUGGGGAACCAGUAAGCAGGACCUGAGCACAGCAGCGGCUCUCCCCUCGUACAGUUUCCAACAUGAAGAAGCAUGCUGCCUCCGACUUCGUAACAGUCACUCCUGCAGAGCAAAGCCUUGAGGGAAGACAGACUGAGCGUUUCUGUCAUCAGAAGGUUUUGGCCCCCUUUCACCUGCAGACAUAAGGGAGAUCCAAGCUUGUCUGUUGUCUGCCUGUGGAUUAAGAGUUUGUUGCCAAGCAAAGGAUUUGUUGACUGAUUUGCAAAGAUGCUGGGGACAGAACAUGUUGCUUAAAGAAAAAACACCAUGUUGAGUAUUUUAAAAAAUCAGUGUUCCUAAGUUGAUUGAUUUUAUUGUCUGUUGGCAUUUUUUUAACAUAGAAAAAAGGUUUUAAAAAUAAAAUAAAAUUGAACAGCUGGAGAACUCACUGUUUUGAAGAAAACAGGGACAUCCUGCAGGAUUGCAGAACCACAGACUUGACUUUGGGAAUAGCUGCUCAGAAGGUGAUUGAGAGAGUUUUUGUAAUGCUGUGGAUCUCAGGCCUGUGCUUUCUGCAGAAAAGGAUUCUCAGGCUGAAAAGUUGCAUCUGAAAUAUACAAAGCUGGUUCGCUUAAAAAGAGAAUCUCUCUGUUCUAGGUCACUUCAUCCAGAGCUCAUCCUUCAGGCUUAAGCACUUUGAUUUUUAAUUAGGAGACAGGGAGGAAAUGUACCAGGAAAUUGCUGAAGGGUAUUCAGAUGUCCCUCUGUCUCUUCAACCACCCACACCCCUCCCAAAGAUUAGUGGCUUCAGACACUUUGCCUGCUCGCCAUGUGAGUCUGUUAAUUUCCUGCCAGUCAAUAAAAUCAAUCAGGCCCAUCAGCUGAGUGACUUGGGGGCAGGGGGGGGAAGCACACAUGCCUAAUGGCAGAUCACAGAGUCUGCUGCUCAAAUCAAUCUCCUCCUUUGGCUGAAGAGUCUGAUUGGCUGGGAUGAGGCCUCUGUGGAGCUCUUAAUGGUAGAGACAGUGUGUGCAUCCAGGCAUGCAUGCAGGCUGUAGCAAUGUGCAUCAAACAUUUGACAGGUAAUACUCGGGACUUUCAAUUAGAAGUUGGAGGUCCACAGGCUAAGCCCCCGAGGGUGACUAUCAUGCCUCCGGUCAUGGGCUCGAAUCUGGGGGACCAGAACAUAGAGAGCACAUACUUUGCAUUUGGGAAGGGCACUUCAACACAGCAAUUGAUUGCAGAUUCAGUUAUGGUCAUGCAUGCAAUGGAGAGUGAGGCCAGAGAAAAGCCUCCAAGGUAUUCAAAAGUCCUUGCAGUCUCUCUCCUGCUUAGUCUUCGGGCAGAUCCACAGAAUACAUUGGAAGCACAUAACUUCCUCUAAAGAAUUCUCAACAUCCUUGAUAAACUACAGUUCCCAGGAUUCUUUGGGGGGAAGUCAUGUGCUUUAAACAGUGCAUUGAAUGUGCUUUAAAGAUAUGGUGUGAAGCUGAAAUGAGACAACACAGCUGAGGCCCUGAUGAUGUCUGCGCAGAGCGCUAGUGCACUAAACAGGACAUCUUCCUUGGCACUAUGCUGAGGUGGCCGUGAUAAGCUUUCAGAGUCUGUAGUCCAGGGCUGGGGAAUCUCAGGCCCGGGCCCAGGAUGCAGCCCCUCCAGGCCUCUCUGGCUGGCCCUUGAACUCUCCCAGGCUACACCCCUUGCUGGCCCAGCUUUGCACCAUCCUUGAGUGUGUUUGCCUGGCUGGGAUGUGCCCUUGAACUCUGAUCAUGCCCCUUGCUUGCCGGGAUGGGGGACAGAGAGGGGUGUGCGCGUGCAGAAACCAGCCAAGGAUAAAAAAGUAAAAAAUGUUGCCCUGUCCCCUUGUGCCUGUGCCCCCCCUGCCAGAGACAUGUGGCCCCCUAUAAGCUGCCCAGAAGGGGAUGCAGCUCUAUGGCUUCAGAAAAAAGGCUCCCCAUGUCACGCUGUAGACGCUGGCAAUGCCAAGAGAGCUGGCACUUCUGUAGGGUCUCCGUGCAGCUGAGGUCCCUACUAUGGCACGCUGAGACAAUGGGGAGGGUGUGAGGCAGCAGGCGAAGCAGGGGACGUCCCCAGCAAGCACGUAUCCUUCCCCUUCUGUGUUCGCUCAUUUAGGGCCCCAGCCACAGGGAAUAUUGCCUGGGCUGGACAGCAGCCUCUUGCUGCCAGCCCCCGGUGGAAAGUUGACUGGCUCAGGAUGGAACAAGGGCUGUGCUGAUUCAGCAGCAACAUCCCAGUGCCAGUAUCCUGAACAGGAACGGUCUUGGUAACCAUCCCAGCUGAAGUGAUCCAGGCUGUGCUGCACGGCCAACCACACGUAUCCCUAGUUGCUUCUUUGGUAAAGAUUACACUAAAAAUGAACCCAAACAUAAAAAAAAUCUCUCACUGAAAAGGUUUAAGAGACACUUUCCCAAACAUUUAAUGAGCAACGUGCAGCCACUAAAUUUAUUUUUAAAAACCUUUUAAAACAAUCCCCCCACCCCUGCUGCAAAUUAUCAUUAGGAACCUGCCUUUAUUAUACAGUUUCAGACAUCUGCUAAAAACUUUUUUUAAAAGUUUCAGCAAGCCUAUCAGGACAUAUAACUUGGUUAUGGAUACUUUUUAAAAAAUCUGCUGACUAUAUUUGUAUAUUAUGGAUAAUUAUUUUACUGUUUUAUGAACACCAGUUAUGGAUUUUUUUUAAU